UAUAAAUGAAUAUAUUAAUAAAUAGUUUUUAAAAAUCGAAUUAAAAAUAGAUGUAUACAUGCGUUUAUCCAUUCAUUUCGUCUAGGUGGAUAAAGGGAUGUGUUGUGACAUUGUUAUUAUUAUUAAUCGAUUAGGUUCGAUGACCGUGAAACAUGAGCGGCACACUUUCGGCGGGACCAUGACAAAUUGGGACCAAUCAGAGAAGUCUGGGACAUCUGGGUCUCCGCUGUGCAAAAGAUGUGGGCACCUUGUUCAGAGGUCUGUGUGGACGAGAUGCUGAUUGGUUACAGUACAGUACAUGGCAGUACAUGCCUUCAAAGCCAGACAAAUAUGGAUUGAAGAUGUGGGUCCUCUGUGAGUGCUUUACAUCUUACUGCUGGAAUCUUCAGAUUUAUCUGGGGAAACCAUCCCCAACAGCAAAACGUGAGGUGGGCCUAGGGAAGCGCGUGGUGAUGGAGCUGACGGUGGGCCUUAGGGGAACCGUGACUGCCGACAACUUCACGUCUCGUGACCUGGGGCAGCAGCUGCUAAAGAGGGGGAUGGCCCUCGUUGGCACAAUCCGUAAAACCAAGCCAGAGCUCCCACCACAGCUCCUGCAGAUGAGGGAAAGGGAGGUGCUGUUCACCAUCUCUGGAUUCACCAAAGACACGAUGGUCUGCUCCUACAUGCCUAAGGAUCGAAAGCUGGUGGUGCUCCUCAGUACAAGGCACCGGCAGCCAGUGGUGAGCGAGGAAGAGCACAAGAAACCUAUAGACUAUAGGACUAAAGACUAUAAUCGGUGCAAGGGAGCGGUGGAUAACCUGGACAUGGUUAUCGGCACCUACACAUGCCGCAGGCAGACAAGGAGGUGGCCAGUGGCUGUCUUAUCCUGAAUAUUGGACAUCUCCUGCUGGAACGGCUUCCUUGUUUGGACGGCUCUAAACCCAAAAUGGGAAGUAAGGAAGACACACCGCAGGAGGCUUUUCAUUGACAUCCUUGGGAAGGAGCUUGUCCGCCCACACAUGGCCAGGCGAAUCUGGUUGCCCCAGGCUGACAGACCACGCAACCAGGUGAUUGAGGUAAAGGCCUGGGGCCAGCAGUAAGAAGAAGAGGCUGCUGCUCAGCCACUGGCCACUCCCCGACGACCACCCACUACCACCCACGAGACACAAGCUGCAACCUGCCAGACACAAGCUGCCACCCGCUACAACCUGCAUGCAGCCAUGCAGCAAAAGCUAAUUGGUUUCAUGUUUUACAAUUC